AUGCUCAUAGUUGGUUUGGGUACCGCUAUUGCGCAACAAGCAGUCGGUAUCGAUUCAAUUUUCCUCUACAUGGAUGACCUCAUUAAGGCUUCUGGAAUUGAAUCUGAGACAACCCAACUUGCAAUUUUGAUGCUACUCGGAAUCACCAAGUUAUUUUUCGUUUUUGUCGGAGGCAAGCUGAUUGAUAAUCUUGGAAGACGACCAUUGUUGAUGGCUUCAUUGAUAGGAAUGUGUGUCUCUCUCAUCAUCAUCGCCUUCACCGAAAAAGCUGCUCAAAUUGUUGGAAUGGCAUUUUACUUCGCUUUCUUCAGCAUUGGUAUGGGUCCUGGAGCAUGGCUGAUUCCAUCGGAAGUUUUUGCUACCAGUAUUCGAGCCAAGGGUAUGAGUUUGGCAACCGUUUUAAACAGGACAUUUGCUGCAAUUGUGGCUUCCACCUUCCUGUCGACAUCAGAAGCCAUCGGAUUGAAAGGAUACUUUCUCAUGUUGGCCGCGGUUUGUUUGCUUUUCACCGCCUUGUUUUAUUUCUAUUUGCCCGAAACAAAGGGGCGAUCCUUGGAAGAUAUGACAUUGUACUUUGCGGAAAUUACCAAUGAUAGAUCCAUCUUGGAUGCCGAAGCCGCCCUCCGAAAAGAUGAGGUGGAAAUGACGAAACCUGUGGAAUCGGCAACACCGGCCUAA